AUGUUUUUUAAAUACGUAUUAACAACUUUUAUUUUAACAAAAACAACGGCUGAUAACAAAUGCUCAGUUGAUUCACCACCUAACGUGCCCAAAUACAAUUUAAUCGAGAGAUGCCACCGUUCCACACUUGGCAUUGCUGCCAAGGCGAACUUUUCUUCCCUGGCCAGUUGCCAGCGACUUGGCAUAGAGAAAAAGGCUCUGGCUUUGAACUUCAGCCCUGAAACGACGUAUAGGGAUGGCGAACCAUUGGAAUAUACAUGUGAAGUGCUGAAAUGUGCUGAAGCUGAAGGGGGCUUGUCUUUGACUAAUGACACCAGAUAUGACUACUACAGCAUUUAUGGGAAACCUUUACCUAACGCGAAUUCUACCUGCGUUCCGGCCACAGGGAUGUUCAUACUGCUGCCCAAAAGGCGUAACUACACUCAGGCGCAAGGUACAUGCAGGAACUUCAGCGGAGUCCUCGCUGAUGUGACCAGCGAACAGCGCACUGAUGCUUUGUCCCAGCUGCUGGCUACCGCUGGGGUUGGUGCCGCUUAUGUGGGCAUGUGGAGCAAAAACGAUAGCGUCUUUUACAGCAAUAUCGAUUCGUUGGACUGUAAUACGUACCGCGCCUGGGCACCUGGUUUCCCCCGCAGGAGCCCCAACAUGACCUGCGUGGUUCUCACCCGCUCCCGCACGUGGAAGACUAGUUCCUGCAAAGCUAAUUUUCAAGCACUUUGCGUUACUAUACUUAUACCGGGAGGGCCUUACAAAAGAGGUUCUAUAUUUCCUAAAAGACUACAAAAUGGUUAG